GAAUUCAAACCGAACAACAAACCCUCAAUAACAACGUACCCGGUACCAAUUGUAUUCAAAUCCCAAGUCCGUGAUAGUCACAUUUAACUUACACAAACUCCGAUUCGUGCAUUCCCGCCAUUUCCCAUUUGCCCUUAGCUUCUCCCUUCCAAGUGAAGUUUCGCUCCUGCAUUUUACUCGCUUUCCUGCUUAACCUACGGUGCCACAAAUGGAGGCGUCCUUUGCACAUGAUCGAGAUGGUAACGAGCAAUCGCAGAUAAGAUCAUCUAUGCCUGAAUUGUCAGAAGAGGAAGAGUCCACGGUUUAUAUGGCAUGUGUUAUGCACGGACACAGGAUUGGAGUUUCCUAUUAUGAUGCCAGUGCACGCCAACUCCAUGUGCUGGAAAUCUGGGAAGAUGGAAGUCAUGAUUUUUCCUUGGUUGAUAUGGUUAAAUAUCAGGCUAAACCUGGAACAAUCUAUACCAGUACUAAAAGUGAGGAAUCAUUUUUGGCAGCCUUACAGAGAAGUGAUGGUACAAGUGACGCUCCUUCUGUAAAGCUUGUGAAAAGUUCAUUAUUCAGCCAUGAGCAAGCAUGGCACAGGCUGUUUUUGGAUCACAGAUUGAUGUACCUUCAAGUCACAGGGAUGGAUGGUGGUUUGAACGUAAAAGAGAGAACUGCUUUUCUAAGUUCUAUGAUGGACGUCAGCAGUGAUGUUCAAGUUCGUGCAAGUGGGGGCUUGUUAGCUGUGCUGGAAAAUGAGCGGAUCAUAGACACCCUUGAACUAAAUGAAUGUGGGAGCUCAUCAAUUGCCAUUGACUGCAUUUGUGAAAUUUCUCUUGACAAAUUUCUCAAAGUUGAUUCAGCUGCUCAUGAAGCAUUACAAAUAUUCCAAAUAGACAAGCAUCCUAGCCAUAUGGGGAUAGGCAGAGCAAAAGAAGGGUUCUCUGUAUUUGGGAUGAUGAAUAAGUGUGUAACCCCAAUGGGUAGACGUCUGUUGAGGAACUGGUUUCUGAGGCCUAUAUUGGAUCUUGAUAACCUGAAUCGUCGUCUUGAUACUAUAUCUUUCUUCCUGUCUGCUGAAGAAAUUUCGGUCUCCUUACGUGAAACACUGAAGUCUGUAAAAGAUAUUCCCUGCAUUCUCAAGAAAUUCAACUCUCCAAGUUCUAUAUCCACAAGUGCAGACUGGGCAGCUUUUCUGAAGAGUGUAUGUGCUCUCCUGCAUAUCAGCAAAAUAUUUGAAGUUGGCAUUUCUGGAUCUUUGCUAAACGAACUGAAGUCUUUGGACUUGGAUAUUAUUGAGAGGGCUGCAUUUUUCAUUUCAGUCGAUCUAGCCUAUGUCUGUGAAUUGGUAAUUGGUGUUAUUGAUGUUGAUAGAAGUAAAGAGAAGGGUUAUGAGACAAUAGUAAAAGAGGGUUUCUGUGAUGAGCUGGAUGAACUGAAGCAGAUAUAUGAGGGAUUGCCAGAAUUUCUGGAAGAGGUUUCGGCCUUGGAACUUGCACGACUUCCUUGCAUGUAUGAAGAUAAGGGGGUUCCUUCUAUCAUUUACAUACAUCAGAUAGGUUACUUAAUGUGCAUUUUCAAUGAAAAACUCGGUGAAGAAAUGCUAGAGAGUCUUCAGGAUUAUGAGUUUGCAGUAUGUCAUUGUAUGAUUUAUAAAGCAGUGUAUGGAAUCACUAGACGUCUGCUGAUCUAUAUCAGUAAUGGGUUAUCAAAUGUUCAGUUUGCUGAUGAGGAGGGAGAACAUAGGAGGUUCUUUUAUCAUACUGCAAAGACAAAAGAAUUGGAUAACCUUCUCGGAGAUAUAUAUCAUAAAAUCCUGGAUAUGGAGAGAGCUAUAACAAGAGACCUAGUGUCACAUAUUCUUCAAUUCUCAGUGCAUGUACACAAGGCUGUUAGUUUUGCAGCUGAGCUUGACUGCAUUUUAGCGUUAGCCUUGGUUGCACGUCAGAACAACUAUGUAAGGCCAAAUUUGACUGCAGAAGAUUUGCUUGAUAUAAGGAGUGGAAGACAUGUUUUGCAGGAGAUGACUGUAGACUCAUUUAUUCCCAAUGACACAAAUAUUACUCGUGAAGGAAGAAUAAAUAUCAUCACAGGACCUAAUUAUUCGGGAAAAAGCAUCUACAUCAAGCAGGUUGCCUUGAUAGUUUUCCUUUCCCACAUUGGAAGUUAUGUACCGGCAGAUGCUGCCACAGUGGGUUUAACUGACAGGAUAUUUUGUGCCAUGGGGAGUAAAUUUAUGACUGCAGAGCAUUCGACAUUUAUGAUUGAUCUCCAUCAAGUGGGAAUUAUGUUAAGGCAUGCAAGUCCUCGGUCUUUAUGCUUAAUGGAUGAGUUUGGUAAAGGUACCCUUACAGAAGAUGGUAUCGGCCUCUUUGGUGGAACCAUAAAUCACUUUGUAUCAUGCUAUGAGCCUCCAAAGGUCCUGGUUUGUACUCAUUUGACGGAGAUAUUUGAUAAUAGCUGUUUACUGGAGUCAGACAGAAUCAAGUGUUACACUAUGAGUGUGCUAAGCCCGGAUAAAGAUUGUGCCGAUGUUGAAGACAUUGUAUUUCUCUAUAGGUUGGUCCCUGGACGUGCACUCCUUAGCUAUGGGUUGCAUUGUGCCCAGCUAGCUGGAUUACCUCAUGAAGUUAUAACACGAGCAGCAUUAAUAUUGGAUACUCUCACGAAUGACAACCAAGUUGAGAGACUUGGCAGUGAGAACAUAAUAGCUCAGGAUCAGCAGUAUAAGGUAGAAUUUCAUUUUUCAACAAUAGUUGAAUCAAUUUUCAAGCCAUCAUUUGCAAAUUGGAUGCAGGAUGCAGUGGAGAAGUUGCUAGCCUUCGAUUCUCAAAAAGGUGAUCUGCUCCACUUCUUUGAAGAGAUCCUUUCUAGCCAAUCCUAAAAGGGAGGGGUAUCAUACUCCUUUGAAUUGUCCUUCACAUUCAGUUGUGACUCAGAUAUAUUUUAUCAAUAAUGCAACUGUAUACGUGAGACUUUUCGCGGGACUCAUAACGUGUAAGGCAGAGUCGGUAUCUUUUCUCUCAAGUCGCUUUGAGCUAUGGAAGACAAAGAAAUUAGCUAAUUUGGUAAAGGAGACUAAUGUCGUCAGCAUGGCUCUCGUUUAGUGUUUUGUAUAAUGGUUAUCUCAAAUGCCACUUGUGGACCCUUGAAAGAUUAUUCAAAUUGAGAAUUGGGUAGCGUUUAGCGGAAACCUCUUUACCUGCCAUGCCAAGGUAGGAGUUAGGGUUUGCACACACUCUACCUGCCCUAGACCUCACUUGUGGAACUACAUUUGCUAUAUAGUUGUUGGAAUUGGGUAGCUACCGGAAGUGAGUUAAUGUGACAAUAAAAAGUGUUUUAAUGUUUAACUGUGUUGAGGGAUGACAAUGGUUAUAAAUUUCUGAAGAAACAUCUUUAUUUUCUAAACUA